AUGACCAAGAGUAUCAUAAAUUCAAAGAUGCAGAGGAUUGCAGCGAGACAAACAUCAUGGGAACUAAGACAAUUCCGAGGUUUACGGCGUUCGCAUUCACCGGCCGAGAAUACCGGUGCAUGUCUCACCGGAAAAGAAGCCGGCAUUAUUCCCGACCUGCCAGCGUUUGAUUAUACUCCGCCGCCGUACAGUGGCCCCGCCGCCGACGAGAUCAUGAGAAAGAGGAGAGAAUUUCUCAGCCCAUCAAUGUUUUGCUUCUACAAGAAACCUGUGAAUGUAGUACAUGGUAAGAUGCAGUACUUGUUUGAUGACAAUGGCCGCAGAUACCUUGAUGCUUUCGGUGGUAUUGCCACUGUGAAUUGUGGGCACUGUCACCCUGAUGUGGUUAAGGCUAUCGUUGACCAAACGAAUAGUUUACAACACUCCACUAUUUUAUACCUUAAUCAUGCAAUUGCUGAUUUUGCCGAGGCACUAGCCUCAAAGUUACCCGGUGAUCUCAAGGUUGUAUUUUUUACAAAUUCUGGUACAGAGGCGAACGAAUUAGCUAUGAUGAUGGCGAGAUUGUACACAGAUUGUCAUGAUAUUAUAUCACUGAGGAAUGCGUACCAUGGAAAUGCUGCUGGGACCAUGGCCGCCACUGCACAAUGCAAUUGGAAAUUCAAUGUUGUGCAGAGUGGAGUUCACCAUGCUCUGAAUCCAGACCCCUAUAGAGGUCUAUUUGGUGCAGACGGUGAAAAAUAUGCACACGACGUUCAAGAUCUAAUUCAGUUUGGAACUUCAGGCCAUGUUGCCGGUUUUAUUUCUGAAGCUAUCCAGGGUGUUGGCGGCAUAAUUGAGUUAGCUCCGGGCUAUUUGCCUUCUGUAUAUAACAUCAUCAGAAAAGCGGGAGGUCUUUGUAUUGCGGAUGAGGUUCAGUCUGGGUUUGCUCGCAUCGGGAGCCAUUUCUGGGGAUUUGAAGCCCAUGGUGUUGUUCCCGACAUAGUUACAAUGGCAAAGGGGAUUGGAAAUGGAAUUCCCCUCGGUGCUGUAGUAACUACUCCUAAAGUUGCUGAGGUAUUGACUCGUCGAUGUUACUUCAACACCUUUGGAGGAAACCCUGUAUGUACUGCUGCAGGGCACGCUGUUCUCAAAGUGAUUAUGAGGGAAAAACUUCAGGAGAAUUCUCAUGUCGUUGGUUCCUACCUGAAAGAGCGCCUCAAUGACCUCAAAUCCAAACAUGAAAUCAUUGGUGAUGUAAGAGGAAGAGGAUUGAUGCUUGGGGUCGAACUAGUCACUGACCGCCAACUAAAAACUCCUGCGAAGGUUGAAAUUCUGCAAGUGAUGGACCAAAUGAAAGAUAUGGGAGUAUUGGUCGGCAAAGGUGGUUUCUACGGAAAUGUGUUCAGACUUACACCUCCGCUGUGCUUCAGAAAGGAGGACGCCGACUUUCUUGUGGAUGUUAUGGACUAUGCAAUGACAAAAUUAUGA